GUUCAUAGAGGAAUGUGAGUCGGAGCCAUGUAUGGAAGAUAAGGCCAAAGAGCUCAUAGAGACCAUCACACGGGUUUUGCCGCCUCAUCCGUCUCAGGUGGAUGAAGCGAACGAUGAAGCUGCCGAGGGGGAGGAGACGGACGGGGAAGCUGCUGAGGGGGACGAAGAGAUUGAGCCUGAACCAAAUACUACAUAGGGUUAUCAACAUUAGACAUAAAUACUAAUUAUAAAAGUAAAAAAGAUUAGUAUUUACUCGCAAGAAUUUGAAAAUUGGAUUGGAAUUGCAAAAUGAAUUAAGAUUGUGAUUUAUUUUGCAAUCAUCCUAAAACGUGUUAUGACAUGAUUAUUGAUAUGACGUUGUGGAGCUAUUGAGUAUUAAAAAGAUUCAUUCCAACGCACAUUUUUCCUUUUGUUUCUUCUAUUUCCAAAAUCCAUUACACACACACACAAACACAUAUAUAUACAUUAUUAAUUUUGUAUAUUUUAUCAAUCUACAGCUAAAUAUGUAUUGAGAGUUAGUAGUGUCAUAUCAUUACUUUUAAGUUAUAGACUUUUUCGAGAAAUGAUAUUGUAAAAAGUAAAAACUUAAAAAGUAUGAUUGUCAUUUUGGGAUGUUUGAGAAAUUAAAAAGUAUGAUUGUCAAGGCAUGACGUGUUAAAGUUUGCACAAUUGUAAUGUAAUAAACUUGUGACAGAAGAAGAGAUCAUACAAACAAGUCGCCAAGUGGAGCCAAGUGUUUCCACGGUGUUGAUGAAUUUUUCCAAUGAGUUUGAUCCUUAUGAGGCUUUAAGCACGCCUCUAUAUCAAACAGCAACUUUCAAGCAGCCUUCAGCUACGGAACCUGGAACUUAUGAUUAUACAAGAAGUGGAAAUCCUACUCGGGAUACCCUAGAAAGACUUCUUGCAAAGCUCGACAAAGCCGACCGAGCAUUAUGCUUCACCAGCGGAAUGGCAGCUUUAGCAGCUGUUACUCAUCUAGUUGGAACUGGUGAUGAGAUUGUUUCUGGUGACGACAUGUACGGUGGUUCUGAUCGCUUAUUGUCACAAGUAACUCCGAAAUCUGGAAUCGUGGUUAAGCGUGUAGAUACAACAAAUUUGGAAGAGGUCGCCUCUGCAAUCACCCCCCGCACAAAGCUUGUGUGGUUAGAGAGUCCAACAAACCCCCGCCAGCAGAUCUCUGAUCUUCGUAAAAUCGCUGAACUUGCACAUGCCCGUGGCGCUCUCGUGUUGGUGGACAACAGCAUCAUGUCUCCCGUGCUGUCUCAACCCUUAGAGCUCGGAGCUGAUAUCGUGAUGCACUCAGCUACAAAGUUCAUCGCUGGUCACAGCGACCUCAUGGCUGGUGUGCUUGCUAUCAAAGGAGAAAGCUUGGCGAAAGACCUAUAUUUCCUACAAAACGCGGAGGGGUCCGGGUUAGCUCCAUUCGACUGUUGGCUGUGUUUGAGAGGUAUCAAAACUAUGGCUCUACGCGUUGAAAAGCAACAGGAAAACGCUCAAAAAAUUGCUGAGUUCCUUACAUCUCACCCUCGUGUGAAAAAGGUCCAUUACGCUGGUCUUCCCAAUCACCCGGGACGAUCUUUGCAUUACUCUCAGGCGAAGGGUGCAGGAUCCGUGCUGAGCUUCUUAACGGGGUCGUUGGCUCUCUCCAAGCACGUCGUUGAGACGACAAAGUAUUUCAGCAUAACCGUGAGUUUCGGGAGCGUCAAGUCCCUCAUCAGCUUGCCCUGCUUCAUGUCUCACGCAAGCAUACCUGCAGCGGUACGUGAGGCGCGAGGUCUGACCGAGGAUCUCGUGCGUAUAUCCGUCGGGAUCGAAGAUGCCGACGACCUCAUCGCCGAUCUCGAGCACGCCCUACGGACGGGGCCUGCGUAGCUUGCCUCCGCAUAUAUAUAAAAGCAGAAUUGCUUAGCAGAAAUAUUUUUCCGCCAUUUUGCUUAACCCCAUAUUUAGAAGGGUUCUUUCAAAUAAUGCAUGAACCAUUGACUUUGUUUAUUAUUCAUCUAUUUAAUUUUUCAUUUAUCCAAA